GCGGCCCUCAGUCGGUGACCCGCCGUCGGCAUUGACGUAUCUCCCGCUUUAAGGGAGCACUUUCUUCGGAAAACUCGCGCACCCGCGUUCCCAAUGCCUCCCAAACUCUUCGAACAAUGUCAAAAGCAAUAAACAUCGAAUUUAUCAUAAUCUUAAUAACCACACAGUGCAUCAAUCUAAACACCCUUCCCAAUACCAAAGAAAAAAAACUUCUAAUAAGUGAAAGUGAAAAUUCGAGUGCAAUUGUCGAACUCGAAAACAAACAGUCCAAAUACUUUGGUGAUUAUCUUUUGUGUUCAUUAGACCAUUUGAAACAGUGGAAAAAGCGUAGAAGAUGGUGUAAUUCUUUUAAGUUGAAUAAAGAUUUGCUUGUGCGGAGUAAAAGAAGUUCGGAACCGAGAAAUCCGGUCAGACGACUGGGGCUGUCGGAGUCUUCGGUCACUGAUAAAAAUACUCUGAUAGAGGACUUUAAAAAACAAUGGCCCGUGGAGCUAUGGCGGAACUAUUUGUUUACGGAUGACUACUUGCUGCUUAUCAACAGCCACUGGUUGCACUUUGCACCGCCAGACCCGUCAUCGAAUUAUAUCCUCGGCACACUGUACAUCGUCAUGAUGCUGGUGGGCACUACUGGUAAUGCUCUAGUGCUCCUAAUGUAUUUUAGAUGCCGUACGCUGCGCACUCCAGGCAACAUCCUGGUGGCCAACCUGGCGCUGAGCGACUUUGUCAUUCUGACUAAGACACCGGUCUUCAUAUUCAACUCGUUCAACCUGGGACCGGCUUUGGGGAAAACUGGAUGUGUGAUCUACGGGUUCGUCGGUGGGCUGUCGGGCACCACGUCGAUCGCGACGCUGGCCGGCAUCGCGCUGGACCGCUACUGGGCCGUGGUGCGCCCGCUGGAGCCGCUGCGCGCGCUUACCGCCGUACGCGCGCGCCUCUUCGCCGUCGGCGCCUGGAUCUACGCCGGCGUCUUCGCCUCCAUCCCCGCCCUAGACAUCGGCUACGGCCGCUACGUCCCUGAAGGCUACCUCACCAGCUGCAGCUAUGACUAUCUAACCGACGAACUCCCACCCCGCUACUUCAUCUUCGCGUUCUUCUGCGCCGCCUGGGUCGCACCCUUCUUCACCAUCACAUUCUGCUAUCUCAAGAUACUCCGCGUUGUCGUAUGCAAUAGAAAUGUUCAAACCAAAAAUCAAGAACAGCGACUCUCCUCCAGGCACGUCAAAGAACAAGUGAAACGUAAAGCCGAAAUCAAACUAGCGGCUCUAGUCAUAGUUGUAAUUGCAUUGUUUUUCGUAUCUUGGACCCCCUACGCGAUCGUAACGCUCAUGGGCAUUUUCGGUAAGAAGGAUUUAAUAACGCCGUUAGCUUCUAUGAUUCCGGCGUUGUUCUGCAAAACCGCCGCUUGUAUAAACCCUUUCGUUUACAUAAUCACCCACCCAACGUUUCGUAAGGAAUUUAGGAAGUUAAUAUUCAGAGAAAAAUCUAGGCGAAUGAGUACUUAUACUAAAACGGUCGUGUACACAGAGGCAGAGCCUACGAAAAUGAAACGGACGAGUAAAGAUCUCAGCGACACGGAUGUGGAAGUGAUCCAGAUGAAGGAUAUUCCAUAUGAUACAGAGGAAGGUGCUGUACCCCCUCCCAGCACCGUAAAGACGAUUUCGUCUAGGGUUUCGGAGAGGGAAGGCUCCCAGAAAAGCGCUAGCAUGAAGAGUUUUGAAGACAGUAUCGUAAGCCCACCAUCUUGGUACGCUAAGCCGAAGUUUGCAAAGAAGAAGAGCUUCCACCGCCGAUCCUUGAGAAGUGUUGUAUCUAUGAAUACAGAGCCUAUUGUCGUGUAACUGAGAAAUUUAUAUUUUUAAAUCUCGUAUCCCUCCGUUACAACCGUUAAGGUAUUAGGUAAUAUUUCACUGUUUAUUAUUUUGAUGUUCAUAAAUCAAACACAAUGUAAGGUACCUAGACACUGUUGUAAGAAUGUUCACUUAGUCAUUUGCAAGUUUCUAGCCCAUUAGAAGAUAUAGAGCAUGACAAUUUUUAGUUCAGAUAUAAGUGAAAAUCGAAAUAAAUCUAGCAACACCCUAACUGAAGCGGGUAGAUAUUAGGUAGUUAAUGCCCACUAACACGUACAUAUUUCAUGUGCUGUUGGUUAUGUACCGACUCUUUUUAUUGAUAUAUCUUAGACCAUGUCAGAUAGUAAUAGAUAAAAUGCACUAUUAUCACUAUUGCUAUUAUUUAAGCUACCUUAAAUUAUACGGAUCUUUUUAACAAGUAUUUUUAGAAAGUAGUAUGUUAAGAUUGAACAAUGUGAUAUAAAUACUGUAUGACUGUUAAUAGGUAGACUUUGAAUGAGAAAUGUACGUUUUGACUGUAUAAUACUUUAUGUCGUAGCGUAGGUAAUCAAAAAUAUUGUGUUCCUUAAAAAGUUUUAUACCCUACAAAGUAAAACGCAAGUAGGUAGUGCUGGAUUAAAACAGAAAGAAAAUUCUUUCUUUAUUGACAAUUUGAGCAAAAGUUUAUAGUUUAUAGGUAGAUAUAGAUAGAGGUCAUACUGUGUAACUUUUACUUUUUUGGCUGAUCAGAUGUCGGUGUUUUCCAUGGGAAAGCCAUUUUUUUUCGCGGGUUUGGUAGCAUACUAAAAGUUGCUCAUUAUGAUCUAUUAUUAUAUUCACCUUGGGUUGAAAAAACACCUGUAUACCUGCAGUCGAAAAGUAGAACUCUAAACGAUUUUCGCGAUAUAGGCACUUACGUAAAUCACUUUCAACAUAUUCAUGUAAAAUUUAAUGGACUUAAGAGCUCCGAACCGAACCGCUGACACGUAAGUACAGAAUGAGCCAAUUUAAAGAUGCCCGUGCCGUGAACGUACUAUGCUUCGAUAGUACUCAAGUGGCAUGAAAAUGUGAAGUAUUCCGAUUUCUUCACGUGGAAUAACAACUAAUUGUAUUGUCGAGAACUAUAUACAUAUUACAUAUACUUAUAUGUAUAGACCCUCGUAAAAACCAUUUUCACAACUACGCGCGUAUAUUUUACGAUACUGUUAUUAGCAGUAUUCGAACUUUAUAUAUAUAUAUAUAG